GAGGAAACAAAGUGCUGCGGGCGGGAGACUCGGCGGCGGCGGCGGCGGCGGCGGCGGCGGCGGCGCGCGGACUCUGCUCGGCUCUCCCGGCCACCCUCACCCUGUAUUUCCUGAGCGUGUGCGCGCGCGUGUGUGCUUCGUCCUUCCCCCCGACGUCUGCCUCUCCGCGAGCGCGGAUCGUCGGUUCGUGCCUUCCCUCACGCUUCUCCGCCUGACGCCCCCUCCGUGUUCCGGCGCUGCCCGCGGCCUCAGCGCUCAGCUCUCCUCGCCGAUCGCCAUGGCGACAGCGACCCCCGUGCAGCAGCGGACGGGCAGCCGCGCCGGCGGCCCCGCCACGCCACUGAGCCCCACGCGGCUGUCGCGGCUGCAAGAGAAGGAGGAGCUGCGCGAGCUCAACGACCGGCUGGCCGUGUACAUCGACAAGGUGCGCAGCCUGGAGACGGAGAACAGCGCGCUGCAGCUGCAGGUGACGGAGCGUGAGGAGGUGCGCGGCCGCGAGCUCACCGGCCUCAAGGCACUCUACGAGACCGAGCUGGCCGACGCGCGACGCGCGCUCGACGACACGGCCCGCGAGCGCGCCAAGCUGCAGAUCGAGCUGGGCAAGUUCAAGGCCGAGCACGACCAGCUGCUCCUCAAUUAUGCUAAGAAAGAAUCUGAUCUUAAUGGAGCCCAGAUCAAGCUUCGAGAAUACGAAGCCGCGCUGAAUUCGAAAGAUGCAGCUCUGGCUACUGCUCUUGGUGAUAAAAAAAGUUUAGAGAGCGAUUUGGAGGAUCUGAAGGAUCAGAUUGCCCAGUUGGAAGCCUCUUUAGCUGCUGCGAAAAAACAGUUAGCAGAUGAAACUUUACUUAAAGUGGAUUUGGAGAAUCGCUGUCAGAGCCUUACUGAGGACUUGGAGUUUCGUAAAAACAUGUAUGAGGAGGAGAUUAAUGAGACCAGAAGGAAGCAUGAAACUCGCUUGGUAGAGGUGGAUUCUGGGCGUCAGAUUGAGUAUGAGUACAAGCUGGCUCAAGCCCUUCAUGAGAUGAGAGAGCAACACGAUGCCCAAGUCAAGCUGUACAAGGAAGAGAUGGAGCAGACUUACCACGCCAAACUUGAGAAUGCCAGACUGUCGUCAGAGAUGAAUACAUCUACUGUCAAUAGUGCCAGGGAAGAACUGAUGGAAAGUCGUGUGAGAAUUGAGAGUCUCUCAUCUCAGCUUUCUAAUCUACAGAAAGAGUCUAGAGCAUGUUUGGAGAGGAUUCAAGAGUUGGAGGACUUGCUUGCUAAAGAAAGAGACAACUCUCGCCGCAUGCUGUCUGACAAAGAGAGAGAGAUGGCGGAAAUAUGGGAUCAGAUGCAGCAACAGCUGAACGAUUAUGAACAACUUCUUGAUGUAAAGUUAGCCCUGGACAUGGAAAUCAGUGCGUACAGGAAGCUCUUAGAAGGCGAAGAAGAAAGAUUGAAGCUCUCUCCGAGCCCUUCUUCCCGUGUGACAGUAUCACGCGCAUCCUCGAGUCGCAGCGUGCGUACAACCAGAGGGAAGCGGAAGAGAGUGGACGUGGAAGAAUCCGAGGCCAGCAGUAGUGUCAGCAUCUCUCAUUCUGCCUCAGCCACUGGGAAUGUCUGCAUUGAAGAGAUAGAUGUUGAUGGGAAAUUUAUCCGCUUGAAGAACACUUCCGAACAGGAUCAACCAAUGGGAGGCUGGGAGAUGAUCAGAAAAAUUGGAGACACAUCAGUCAGUUACAAAUAUACCUCAAGAUAUGUGCUGAAGGCAGGCCAGACUGUUACAAUCUGGGCUGCAAAUGCCGGUGUCACAGCCAGUCCUCCCACCGACCUCAUCUGGAAGAACCAGAACUCUUGGGGCACUGGCGAAGAUGUGAAGGUUAUAUUGAAAAAUUCUCAGGGAGAGGCUCUAUGAAGUGACCUCUGUCAGAAAUGAGGAAAGUAUUAUGAAUACAGUUCUUAUUUCUGUGAUUGUCAGGCAAGUACUUUUGGCAUUUAUUCAUUUAAUUUUGUGAGACCAUGUUUAUUAAUAGAUCCCAGACCAUAUUUAUAAUAAUUCAUAAUUACCACCAUAAAGACCACUUUUCUGUAAGAGUUUAGAUAAUUGGCUUAAGUCAGUGUAAUUUUUUUACGUAUAUUUUCUUGCUGAGACAUUGGAGAUAUCAGGAAACCCAAUUAAACUGGCUUUAAAAUAAUGGGAAUAUAUGAGUUCACAAAACCAACCAUCCAGAGAUGUUGUCUGUUUCCUGGGUGUCUUCCUCAGGUGCAUCAUUCUAGGUUUACUUCUCGUGGGCAAGAGCAUUGUGCCUAGUCAGGUCCUCGUCUGGGCUUUGCUCUCGUAGUACCAGCCUGGGUCAUGUGCCCACCUCUGAGCCAGUUCCUGGAGUCAAGAGAACAGAGUUAGAGCUUGAGCCUUCUCCAUGGCUAGAUCACAUUCAGCUUGUGACACACAUGUCACAUCUCCAUGGGAGAGAGGGUACCCAGGUAAAAGUGGGGGCUCUUAACUGAGAAAUGGCUGGGGAGGGGUGGUCCUAGGGAUGAAAAACAGCAAAUGUCACCAUAGAGAAAUAAAAUGUUAUUUUAAUGAGGGAAAUAAAAAAUAAAGCAGUCUCUCUGUACCUUCUAGAAUAUAGGCAUCACUGAAAUUUUUGUAUAUGCAGAUGAUUACUUAUGUAUACAGAGAUAUUCUAGUUUAACAGUCAGCUCCUUCAUCAACAAAAACUGCCUUGAUUUUUAGUAUUUGCUGAACUGUGGUGAUUUCAGGAUACCCACACGCUGUGACUGAGCACGGAGUUGAAGAGGCAGCACGUGAGCUGGCGCUAGCUGGCCCUGCAGCACUGCUGGGGAGAUGGGUGUACCUUUAUGUGCCCAGGGCUUUACCCAGGCAGACCCAUGGCAUGUUGAUAGAGACCAUUUUUGUGUGCCUUUCAGGGCACUUGAUAGGGUUGGGUGUCUUGCUGAGAGGAAUUUUUUGGUAAAGACAUUUGUCUUUUAGCACCUUGACUAAUAAUUUCCUGGGCCUAAACCUUCCAGCAACUUUUGGUUCUAAAUUUGUUUUAUUAUUUUUCUAUUUAAUUUUGUCGACAUUUAUUUAGCUCACUUAUAUUCCAUACAGGCUUUCUGCAUUAAAUUAACUGAUUUUUAAAUGUUGUCAAAUGAAAAGUGCUUAACAGCAGGCUUACAUUAAAGGCAAUUAUGCUGAAGUAAUUCAUAAUUAAUGAAGUUGGGCAAGUUGCUCUUUUCUAAGCUUCUCAUUUGAGGCUCAUAGUCUGGUGUUUCAUCACAAGCUCUAAGAGCCGGUGUUUCCAUAUGGGAUGUAUACACUGUCAUGAGUUGCUAGAAGCUGAAAUGUGAGAAUUCUAUAACAGAUUUUAUUUGACUUUUCUUUCCUUAUUUUAAGAUGAGUUCAGGGAAGCUAGGUACUCUGAAAACUUUUUGGGAAUCUUUUUUCUGUUUUGUAUGCCAUCAUCCCCCAGUGGAUAUCUUAGUUCAAAGAGUUGUAAUUGAUCUAAGGAUUCACAUGCUUUUUUAUUAGUACUAAUUUGGUUAAAGCAAGUGUUAUUUGUGAAAAGACUAUUUGUGUGUAUAAACAUGGACUGAUCUCACAGAAUUGAAGUUUCUGGCUAAUUCAGACUCAAAAUGGUCUAUCUUCCUCGGCCGUGCAACAAUAAUCAAAAUUCCCUACAAAAUACUACUGUACUACCUUACUUCAUUUAUAAAAUAUAUAUGUGGACAUGUUGUAAAGAGAACUCUCAUUUCUCUGUCACUGUUCUCUGGUUUUCUUCCUCUGCCAUUUUAAACUAGCUGGUCUGUGUUAAAUUUCAGGUAAGCUUUUACUGACGUGAUUUUAGUGUCUUCAUCUGGAGUUAUCUUUCUUGAGUAACCUUAGGACAUGCAUGGUACAGAGUAAAAUUAGACGUUCUGCAGCACUCUAGGACACACUCAUUUACUUGCUGCUAGAUCAUCAGGUUAGCCUUGUGCUUAAACAGAAA